UCUCUUUCUCUUUCGUCUCGUACUAUUCAGCAUUGCUAUUCUAAAUAUAUGUAAGUGUUUAUAUUCAAAUACCAUUGACAUUACAUAUUCACACAGGACUAAAGUUCUUCGUAAGGUAAACUAAUUUUGCCUGCACUUUUCAUCAUCGUCAUGUUCCAGUAUCACCAAUAUUUAGUUGUUUUUUAACAAUAUAAACUUGAAACCAGCACAAAAACUGAGGUAUUUUUUAAUGUCCUCCAUUUUCAAACUGAAACCAGCAAAAGCUGUUUCGUUUUGCAUACACACAGAAACACAAAUCAGUAAAACCAUUUUGCAAGAGUUAAAGUCCCCAACUCAUCAAACCCUUCACUAUCUCAUAGACCAAUGCAUCUCCCUAAAACAACUCAAACAUGUUCAUGCACAAAUCAUCCUCCAUGGACUUGCCACCCAAGUUCUCACAUUAGGCAAAUUAGUCUCCUCCAGUGUCCAACUUCGAGAUCUUCGUUACGCACACAAACUGUUUGAUCAAAUUCCUCAACCAAAUAAAUUCAUGUUUAACCAUUUAAUAAAGGGUUAUUCUAAUUCCAGUGACCCAAUUAAGUCUUUGUUACUUUACCGUCGAAUGGUGUGUGAUGGUAUUUUACCAAACCAGUUUACCAUCCCUUUUGUUCUCAAAGCUUGUGCUGCGAAAUCGUGUUAUUGGCUUGGUGUUUGUGUUCAUGCUCAGUCUUUUAAGCUUGGAAUGGGGUCACAUGCUUGUGUUCAGAAUGCAAUUUUGAAUAUUUAUGUUGCUUGUGGUUUGAUAACAAGUGCAAGGAGAGUGUUUGAUGAUAUUUCUGAAAGGACCUUGGUCUCAUGGAAUUCAAUGAUUAAUGGGUAUUCUAAAAUGGGCAGGUCUGAAGAAGCUGUUUUGAUGUUUCGAGAAAUGCAAGAAGUUGGAUUGGAGCCUGAUGUGUUUACGUUGGUUGGCUUGCUUUCUGUUUCGACAAAACAUGGUAAUUUCGAUUUGGGAAGAUUUGUGCAUCUUCAUAUGGUCGUUACCGGUAUUGAAAUUGAUUCAAUUGUUACAAAUGCACUCAUGGAUAUGUAUGCCAAGUGUGGGAAUUUGAAAUGUGCUAAAAGUGUUUUUGAUCAAAUGCUUGAUAAGGAUGUAGUUUCUUGGACGUGUAUGAUUAACGCUUAUGCUAAUCAUGGACUUAUUGAUUGUGCUUUGGAAUUUUUUAACCAGAUGCCGGGGAAGAACGUGGUUUCUUGGAAUUCAAUAAUUUGGUGUCAUGUUCAAGAAGGACUUUAUGCGGAAGCCGUUGAUCUUUUUUAUAGGAUGUGUGAUUCAGGCGUGAUGGCUAAUGAUACUACUCUUGUUGCCAUUCUUUCAUCCUGCAGUCACAUGGGUGAUCUAGCAUUGGGAAAACAAGCCCACAGUUACAUUUUUGAUAACAACAUUACACUGAGUGCGACGCUUUGCAACGCUAUAAUAGACAUGUAUGCGAAAUGCGGUGCUCUUCAGACUGCCAUGGACGUCUUCUUCGGGAUGCCUGAGAAGAAUGCAGUGUCAUGGAAUGUUAUUAUCGGGGCACUUGCUCUGCAUGGUUAUGGAAAAGAAGCUAUUGAGAUGUUUGAGAAGAUGCAGGCAAGUGGAGUUUGUCCUGAUGAGAUUACGUUUACAGGGUUGCUUUCUGCUUGCAGUCACAGUGGUCUUGUGGACACGGGACAACAUUACUUUGAAAUUAUGAAUUUGACUUUCGGGAUUUCUCCCGAUGUUGAACAUUAUGCGUGCAUGGUCGAUCUUUUAGGUCGCCGUGGAUUGUUAGGAGAAGCGAUAUCAUUGAUUAAGAAGAUGCCUGUUAAACCAGAUGUUGUUGUUUGGAGUGCUUUACUUGGUGCAUGUCGAACCUACGGGAAUCUUGCAAUUGGUAAGCAAAUCAUGAAGCAGUUGUUGGAGUUGGGACGAUACAAUUCUGGUCUUUAUGUGCUUCUCUCAAACAUGUAUUCAGAAUCUCAAAGAUGGGAUGACAUGAAAAAUAUUUGGAAAAUACUGGAUCAAAAUGGGAUAAAAAAGUGCAGGGCAAUUAGCUUCAUUGAAAUUGAUGGCUGUUGUUAUCAAUUUAUGGUGGAUGAUAAAAGACAUGGAGCUUCAACAAGUAUAUACUCUAUGCUGGGUCAAUUAAUGGAUCAUCUAAAGUCUGCGGGGUAUCCAUGUAAACAUUUGGAUGUAGAGGAAAUAUACUGCUCUUAUAUUUAAUUCAGCAUAAAGUUUUAUUGAUGGAAAGGCAUAGAUUCAUAACUGGAAUUAUCGUUUCUACUCCAAAGUUUAUCCAAGUCUUCUAUUGUUACACAUGAAAACCAAGUUGAUUUUUUUUUGUAAACCAGAAAUUCUGCACGCCCAACUGGAAGAGACCCGAACCAUCUUAUCCAGCUGCUCUUGGGUAAACAAAGUUGAUUUGAAUGACAUAAAUGUGAACUCCUACUGAAUCGAAAAGAGCAAUGCUAAAGAGUAUGAAUGUUUGUUUCCACAAAUCAUAAAAAGGCUGAUGUGUUUUGCAUUUUAAGAAUCAAAAACUGGUUGCUCACAGACACGGGAUGAAUAGCUUCGAUAGGUUUGACUUGGACAUGUGGUGACUCGGCUGAGAAACGUGGUUCCAAACAUAGGCGUUAUCUUCCAUGUUUGAUGGAAAUCAUGCAGGUGUGCAUAUAAAAGCAGUCAAUUAGAGUCAUUCGUUUAUUUUCAUGAAAUUACUUAAUAGCAACAUCAAGUAUUUCCCAAUAGAAAACCUUAACUUCUUCAUGUAAAUAAACCAAAUUUGUACUCCUCUGGGUUAUUAUUAUUUUGAUUCA